AUGAAGACCUCGUCUGUGCGGCCGAGAAGACGGGUCACGUUGAGUCCACCCAGACCCCGGCCUAGAACCAGCCCGAGGUCUAGAGCCAGCCCCAAGUCCCGACAAGUCCCGGAGAAGGCCACAGGCACACAGACCCGGAUCACAGCCCUGACCCGGACCCUCCACAAGACCUGUCCCGAGGUCACCAUCGACCUGGACCUCAGCUCUGAGGAUGGUCCAGACGUGGUGGAUCUGACAGCAUCGACCUCUGACCCUGCGGCUGUCGUGGACCUCACCAACGACACAGUCCUGGUCCUGGAUGAAGGAGAGUCCCUUUCGCUCCCGUCUUUCCUCCCGAGUCUCUCCUCCGAACCUUCCAGAGCGAGGACACGUCGAGACCGGCGAGAAAAAGAUCAGCCGAGUUACGUGGUCAGCAGCGACGAGGAGGAGGCAGCUGUCAUCGAGACUGGGACCUCAGGGGCCUCAGCCUCUAUCCACAGGAGAGAGAGGACGUCUGGCGUCCACAUCAGCUGUCCCGUCUGCAUGGACUCCUACUUUGAGAUCGUGGACAGCGGUCGGCUGCUGGUCUCCACCCGCUGCGGACACAUCUUCUGCAGUGUGUGUUUACGAGACUCUCUGAGCCAAAGCCACAGCUGCCCCAUCUGCAGAAAGAGGCUCCCCAAAGGACACUACCACCCCCUACAUCUAUGA